CUUCCUAUUUCUUACAGCCACUUUUUUUCCCUCCUCCUCCUCUAUAAUUUGCCAGGCAGAGAGAGAGAGAGAGAAGAGAAAGGGGGGUUUGGAUCACUGCGCGACAUUACAAGAAACGUGCAUGUUAGUAGUAGAAACCAGCAGCAGCCUCUCUUCUUUUUACGCACACCCUUCUCCAGUGAAGGCAGCAGCAGUUCAGAUCAGAUUUCACAUUCAGCUCCGACCAGCUGAGAGAGAGACAGUCAGAGAGCAGGAGGGCUCGUUUCUCUCCGCUUUUCCCCCCUUUUCUGAAAUCCCCGUUUUAGAAAAAAAAAGAAAAAAAAACUGUUCGGUGAGAAAACGCUCCUGCGUGGAAACCCCCCGGGUGCGCAGCGCAAAAUAUCGGGAUUUUUAUUUUUUUAUUUUUUUUAUUCCUCCAUUCUUCCUUCCUUUUUUCUUCUUUUAUGUAUUUUUGCAGGAUUUCAGCAGCAAGAGCGCCACAGAGAAUUAGAUAAGGAGGAAGAGAAGCAGAAGAGAUGGACGAGCAGCCGAGGUUGAUGCACUCUCACACGGGGGUAGGCAUGGCAGGGCACCCCGGCCUGCCGCAGCAUAUGCAGGAAGGCACCGGAGGAACGGACGGCGACGGGAGGAAACAGGACAUUGGAGACAUUUUACAGCAAAUUAUGACCAUCACGGAUCAGAGUCUGGACGAAGCCCAAGCCAGGAAACACGCUCUGAACUGUCACAGAAUGAAGCCAGCUCUUUUCAAUGUCUUGUGUGAAAUCAAAGAAAAAACAGUGCUGAGCAUCCGUGGCGCUCAGGAGGAGGAGCCCCCCGAUCCCCAGCUCAUGCGGCUGGACAACAUGCUGCUGGCAGAGGGGGUGUCCGGGCCAGAGAAAGGUGGAGGCUCUGCGGCGGCGGCGGCUGCAGCGGCCGCCUCGGGAGGAGCAGGAGCCGACAACUCAGCGGAGCACUCCGACUAUAGGGCCAAGCUGUCCCAGAUCAGACAGAUCUACCACACAGAGCUGGAGAAGUAUGAACAGGCGUGUAACGAGUUCACCACCCAUGUGAUGAACCUGUUGCGAGAGCAGUCACGCACGCGGCCAAUUUCGCCCAAAGAGAUCGAGCGCAUGGUGAACAUCAUCCACCGCAAGUUCAGUUCCAUCCAGAUGCAGCUCAAACAGAGCACCUGUGAGGCCGUCAUGAUCCUGCGCUCCCGCUUCCUCGAUGCCAGACGGAAAAGACGAAACUUCAACAAGCAGGCAACAGAGAUCCUGAAUGAGUAUUUCUACUCGCACCUCAGUAACCCCUACCCCAGUGAGGAGGCUAAAGAAGAGCUGGCAAAGAAGUGUGCCAUCACAGUGGCCCAGGUUUCCAACUGGUUUGGGAAUAAAAGAAUCAGAUACAAGAAAAACAUUGGUUCUGCUGGUUCUUUUAACAUGUCAAACUCCGGGGACUUGUUCAUGAGCGUGCAGUCUCUCAAUGGGGACUCGUACCAGGGGGCUCAGGUGGGAGCCAACGUGCAGUCGCAGGUGGAUACCCUUCGCCAUGUUAUCAGUCAGACAGGCGGAUACAGUGAAGGACUCACAGCCAACCAGAUGUACAGUCCGCAGGGCAUCAAUGCAAACGGUGGCUGGCAGGAUGCUCCGACCCCCUCAUCAGUGACUUCGCCCACAGAAGGACCUGGAAGCGUUCACUCCGACACCUCCAACUGAUCCUCCACCGUCCUCUUCACCCCCCCCACCUUCUUCCUCUACUGCACCCCACCCCCCCACCCCCAAAAACCCUGAGCCCCUCUUUUUUUGGGACUGGACGUGAUGUGACACAGCAGGACACAGUCGGGGUCUGGGGACUUUCACCGUUACGGACAAAAAAUUUCCUAUCUGGACCACCGUUGGCAGCCUGCAUAGGGGACUUCAUAUCCAAACUUCACAGUUUGUACAGUUUCCACUAGAUGUCCAUGCUGCCUCUUUGUAUUUCUCUUUACAUUAUGUAUCUUUACAUUGUGUAGGCUCACCGUUAGCAGCAUACCGCCCCACGUCUUGUAAAUUGAAACGCUUUCACACUACCUCUAUUCGACAUAACAACUUGAGCAGAUGACAUUUAAAACGCUUCGGUUUUACAAAUUUUUAUAAUUAUUGCAGUUUUUGCAGUUUUCACCGCACCAUGCCCCCCUGUCACUAAACCACGUCUGUUUUUUUAAUGCUGGUUUUCUUUGUUUAUCUAUCGUGCCAAAGUUCAACCCUGGCGGUGAAUUUUGAUAAUGUUUUUAAUCUUGUUUCCUUACAUUUCUCAUGCCACACUUUGUAAAGUAUUAUGUUUGUCCAGCCAUAUUAGUCAGGUAACUUCCAAGUAUUCAGCCUCAGCUUUUAUCAUUUGUAUUCAGAACUUCUCCAACAGACAUAUAAGGCAUUUUAUAUUUUCUUGUCAGAGUAGUUAUGCUUUCUGCUCAUUUGCAGUACAACAAUCGCAAGUGUUAACUAAAAAGCGAUGAGAGUGGACGUUCAGUCGCGCACGUCAGCUGUAUCCACAGGAACCGAGCUGAAACUCUUCAAUUGGUAGCAGCAAUUACGGCAGGUCAAUACGUUUUAAAGCACAAUAACAUCAAGUGAUUGAAGUCAAAGGGGAACAUUUGUAACUGUCAAAGAGAAAACUGUUUAACUCUAGUAGUCAUACUAUACAGUACAUUAUCAGAUAGCGUAUGUAUGUGUAUCAGUGAGAUCAAUAUAGCCAAAUACUGCUGGUAACCAAAUCCAAAAUUAUAACUCUGAUUUUAAGGUAUUUCACACAUUGCAUGUCAGAUUUCACACUCGCUUUUCCUGUAUGGAAUUAUGUUUGCGUCAAAAUUUGGAGACCACGAUGGCUCAGUUUGAGCACAGAACAGACAUUUUGCUUUCUCUGCAAAAUAUGCUUUGUGUUUGAGCAAAAGAAUAAAUAUUCUGCGAUUUAGGCACAAAUAUAACUCCACAUCCAUACAGUAUCCUGUAACAUCAGAGAGACUUUUUGAAAUGGAACAGUGUUUAUAGUCUCAGUAUUCAAGAGUUCCUUCACUUUUAGUUUUGUUUUCAAAUGACACUACAUUCAUCAACACAAGCCAAUCCAAAAUGUGAACUUAAAUUUGUGACUUUUGUUGUAUGUACAGUAUAGUAUGUGGUCUAAUGUAUACAUGAUUACAGUAGUCCUCAUGAGAUAUCAGCAUUUACAUACUUUGAUACCAAAAAAAUGGCAGAAUUUUUAUCUUCUACAUUGGGAUCAGCUUUAUCAAGGUUUUUGUUUUUCCACUUUUGGAAGCAUUUUAUUAUCUGCGGUACCUGUGGGCAUCCCAUAAUGCUCCAGUACUCUGUAUUCAAACCAAAAAAAAGAAAAAAUGCAGUUGGAAUACAGUAAUGUUUAUAUAAAUUAAAAUGGAAACCAAUACCCUGAUGGCACACAAAUCCAGAUGAUGUUUGGAUAUAUUUUUAUGUCUCCAUUUUGUGAAUAAGUCAUCAUUUUUUGUUUGUUUUUGGGUUUUUUUUUCCUUUAAUCCUACCAUUAUAUGUGAAUUAGCCCAAGAAUGCUCUAUAUACAGUAUGUAGAUAUGCACUGUUACUCUUCUUUUGCAUCUUUGAAUUUGGACAGCAGCUGUUUUAAUGCAGCCUGUUUGAGUUCCUGUUGGAUUUAGGGUGAAAUCCUUUUUAUUGUUUUGUACUCAGAUCACCGACCCAAGCCUGCACCCCAGACGCAAAAUGAAGGUGGUGUGAAAACUUAGUGUUAGCACCGCCCUCUGGCUUUGUUUGUAGCUGAACUGAACACUAACAGGAAACUAAAUUCAGUCCCGAGAUCCCAAAAAGUCACAUAACAGCCCGAGAAACCACAGGUUUGUUUGUUUUUUUGGCAGUUGUCAGUGGGUUUGUAUUUAUUACACAUGUAUGAAAUCAUGGAUGUUUCAGAGCUACAGCGUGGCGGUUUGACUACACCAAACAUUCAGAUGACUCAGAGCGGCUCCCCCCUCGACUCACCUGCUCAGUAUUACAGCCGAGGGGUCGAGCACCAUUGAAGUGAUGCACAGAACCUGCCUCAGUCGUGUCUUUGGAAGUCAUCGGCGUGAACUGACAGCGGCGGCCAUGCAAGGCAAACACGAGGAUUGUUUUUUUGCACCCCUCAAAAAAAGGCUUGACUCUACUUUUCACAUUGCCUGUCAAAUAUUAUCGAAGCUUCAUGUAAUGAUGCUUUUUAGUUUUUGAAUAUAAAAGGAAAAGAGACAUGAAAAGAAAAAUGAACAAUUUGUAAAACAUAAAAUGUUUUAUUUGUUGCAUGUCUUUUUGUUCUUCAAUAAAAUAACGUACUGCAGUGUUUUGAAUGUUAACUUCUUUUUUAUAAGGAUUUCAGAGUGAAAUCGUGGAGCCUUUUUCUUGACAGGUUUUAACUUUUAAGAUCUCUGCGUAUGUAAAAAGGUAUCAAAUGGAAAACUAUUGUCUUUUUAAUUCCAAUUCAAAACCUGUUUUCUGUGGAGAAAAAUAGCUGAAAGGUGUAGGUUUUAUGGUCUCUUAAUUUGUACUGGCAAUGCGUAUCCCAAAUAAAUAGUUUCUUUUGUUGCAUAAA